AUGAGGGUCCGUCAUUUGCAGGCAUAUCUCCGUGAGCAGAAAUGCGUAAAAGUAGGAAAUCUGUCAGUAUGUAGAGGAAUGCGAAUAGGUAUCGACGCAAUCUACUUUUUCAAGUCGCUAAAGGCAUUGAAUGACCCAUUGAGCGACGCCUUCGCCUCGCUGCCGCCGUCGUUUCUCUCAACGGUCGAUGAACAGCUGCAGCUCAUGGAUAGCCUGGAAAUCCAGCCGCUGUUCGUCUUCCAGGGGAUGCAACCAAAGUCACACAUGCUCUUGUCGGCGCAAAUGAUCGGAUUUGCCAUGCACGACGGCUGGCUAUCGUACGUGAGGGGAGAAGAGGCCCUCGCAAAGAGCAAAUUCUCACAGAACAUCUACAAGGAAUUCUCAGAGGAAAUCGUGCAGUUUCUCAUGGCAUACCUAAAGUCAAAAGGAAGAGAAGUGAUCAGGGCGCCGUAUUUCGCAUCCAGUCAGCUCAUCUACUUUGUACAGGAAAGUCUCGUAGAUGCAGUCGUUGGACCGCCCUCGUCAAUACUAUUUGGACUUCCCAGAGUAAUCAUUGGAAUGGAUCUGGUUAAAAGCGUAUUUGAAUGGAUAGAGUUGGAGGAAAUUCUGCAACUUUGGGGUGUGGAUCGUGACCAGUUGGUCGAUGCAUGUCUCUUGGCCGGCACGGAACAUUGUCUGAGUUAUCCACUUUUUGCUCAGCCAUUCUCAUUUGCAAACGCAAUAGAAUACAUAAAGCAGGCGCCCCUUAUAAAGUACCUUUACCAGAUCCCAGCUAGGGAACGUCUGAAUGAAUAUGUGGACGGAUAUUGUAUAGGCAAGUCACUCGUUACCUAUCCUCUGGUACUCACCUUAAACGGCGAUGUUACCUCCCUCACUAAGCGUGACCUUUUGCCAUCAGAUUAUCAUAAAAUUGUUGGAUGUAGACUACCCAAGAGCGUCUACUAUCUAGUCUCUGAAGGACUAGUCUCUAUACAGUUACCAUUCUCGCUAGCACUUGGAGAAUGGAUUGAUGAGUCCAAUCAAAAUGCAGACUCUGUUGAAUAUAGCGAACUUUUAUCGGACCUGAGAGAGUACCAUUGUAGAGCUGUUGGACUCCUAGUUUUGAAAUUGGACGAACAUUUUAAAACAAAACAGAUUCGAUUUUCAAAACAUGUUUCACUAUCAAAGAACAGCUUCUCUGCCAGACAACCAGCAAAUAUAUUGAUACCAAACACUUGUGCAGUUAAACACUGGAACAUUAAUGCCGCAAAUUUGGCCAAGGAACUAAAGAGACAAGGUGCUGACGGCGUCUCCCUUGAGUUUUGCCUAAGAUGGCACGGUAAUGUUGGCUCGCAGCUUCUGAGCCAAGAUGUGGACGCAGACAGCAAGGAUGGUGCAGAUUUCAAUGUCAUGAAUGCAAUUCUGCACUUUAUGCUACUGGAUAAUCUAGGUUUCUUUACAAAUGAGUGCGGUGCCACCGCAUUUGGAUGCGCUCUUGCCAGCUCAGAACUUGGAAUGGAUGGACUCUUGGCUCUCGAGCUCAUGAAAUUUGGUCUCUUUACUGGAGAAACAUUUGAAUCGCCUCCAGAGGGACCAUACUCUCCAGAUGUGCAAUAUAAUUACAAGAGAGAAGAAAACAGACGCUUCCACAUUACUGUUAACCUUAUUUCAAGACUUGCCACGCUCUCUUCAGUGCAAUUGGAUAACAAUUUGUGGAAGGGAAAAAUAGACUAUGACAUUGCCUCAUUCAACGUGGUGAUUAAACUCCUAAAAAGAUCUAUAAAUUAUCUAACAGAGGGUUGCCUGGCCUAUCUCUUGCUUUCUGAUACCAAUAGACUUGUAAAGAUUGAAAAUGGUGCCUUUGAUCCAACAAAUCCGCAGGUGCCACUAUUCUAUGACAAGUUUGCAUUUAUGGGUGUCGUCCUCAAAUUUAUCUUCAUGGGACCAAGCGCUGAAUUUUUAAAUGAAGAUGCAGUGGUAAAUGUCGAAACUGUAGGAGCUACGAGCCUAGAACAGGUGCAAGAAACAUUCCCCAACUGCACAAACAUUGCGCAAGACCUUGAUGCAUUCAUUGACUUUUGGGUAAAACUGCACAAGCUUGUGCAUGAUCUCGCAAAUCUCAUACAGUUGGGAGAUAUUCUAGGACAGUUUGACCAUGGAACAUUGUUACUCGCCUCUAAACUCGCAAAACUUGGUAUAAACACCGAAAAGCUUAAACUCUAG